AUGAGUGAGAACCAACUCAAUAUGGACCUUGAGGACAACGUAGAAGAUGCCGUAGUCUUAAUAGUAGAGGAGACUGCGAAGACUCCGGGUGCAUUAGAGACCUCAGAUACAAUUGAAGCUCAAGGUUUAUCGGAAGGGCCCUGUACAACGGAAAAAUUACAAAGACAACAAGUAAAGAGGCCUCGUGAAGAAACUCCUGAUCUUGAGGACGAAGAAACAGAAGAAAGCCUUGCCUAA